AGAUUAUCAAAUGCACAUAUGUUGCGUUUAAAUGUGUUAGUCCCAUGGAAAAGAAGAUGGUGACAUUCAACUGCAGCGAGGAUUUCGUGUGGUAGAGGACGGGUUACUCUUGGACAUUCUGAACACCUGUUCGCCAUUACAUGUGGAGAAGGAAUUGUUUCAGCUGUAACAUUCUACCGUUUCGUCCAUACGUGGCGGGACCGGGUGUGUGCCAUAUGUGUUCUCGGUGGAUUUUUGAUACCUCUGGCAUUGGCAAGGAUUCUCAUCGCUUUUGAGGAGGAGUUUCUUCAACUCGAAAUAGUUUUCGAACAUUUACUGGAGUUUGAUCUAACAGAAUCGUGAACCAAAGGCGGACAAUACGUACUAAAGAACAAGGAACUUUUUAAUUUGAUUCCGAUUGGACUCAAUUGAAAUAUGAAUAUAAAGGAAAAGAUAUGUGGCUGCCCUGGGAUAGGACUGGUACUCGCUGUCGGCUCCGCGCUCUUCUUCUCCUCACAGACCCUCUUAGUGGCCAAGCUCCACGAGCUUCAUCCUCUCGAGGUGACGUUCAGCCGCUUUGCCGUCAUCACCAUCUUCACCAUACCAUUGAUACUUUACCUCAAGGCGCCGUGGAUUGGGGAAAAGGAAAACUGGAGGGAUCUGUUUAUACGUGCCGUCCUGGGAUGUUUCUCCAUGCUCUUUCUCUACUUUUCACUGCACAACAUGCCAUUGGGCGACGCAACAGUGAUUUACAUGACUUCACCCGUAUUCGUCGGAGUUCUAGCUUUCUUUAUACUAAAAGAAAGCUGCGGGAUAUUUGAAAUCAUUUCUACCAUGAUCAUGUUGGUUGCCGUUGUUUUCAUCGCGCAACCACCUUUCAUUUUCGGGGCAAAAGCCUUGAAACCCGGCGAAAAGCACCAAGAUAGUACAACGCGGAUGUGGGCAAGUCUGAGCGGUCUAGCAGGGUCUAUUUUCCACGCCUCUGUCCACAUUGCACUGAGACGUUUGAAAAACGUACACUUCGCGACUAUCCUUUUUACCUACUCGAUCUGGGGUAUGCUACAAUCGGGGAUCUUUGCCUACAUCGCUGGCGCAUGGACUAUCCCAAAGGAUCCGAUCUGCUGGGCCUACAUGGUCGGCGUCGGAGGGUUUUCGGUCUGUGCUCUAUCCUGUCUCACGAUCGCCCUAAAGACGGAGAACGCCGGAUCAGUCAGUGUCUUACGUAGCUCCGACCUCCUCUUCGCUUUCAUUUGGGAGAUGAUCUUCCUGAAUGAGUUUCCUAACGUUUGGACCAUUGUGGGUGCAACUUUGGUGAUGUGCUGCGUGCUUGCUUAUGGAAUCCGAAAGUGGUACAGACUCCGCCAAAAAGAGGAUGUAAAGGAACCAAGCGAUGAGGAACAGCCCAUGUUGCCCCAGGAAAAUAAACCGAAACCAAAAUGGUACGAGUUUUGGAAAAUGAAUCCGAAAAAUGACAAUAACUUUGUGAUUCUUACUGAUGAUAGCCCCGAGUCGAGAAGAUGGUAUGAGUUUUGGAAGAAAUCUAUAAAUAGGUUAGGUAGAAAGAUGGAGGACAGUAAUGCAAAUGAAGAAACAAAUGAGAAGCAGCCUAUCUUGAUUCAGGGUGAUUCUAAAUCUAAGGGUGGUGCACGAAAGUCGUAUCAGCCCAACGGAAUAGAGACCUCCAUUGACACGAAACGUAAUGGGAUUGAUAACAGUCAUGAGCUGGAAAGUCCUAGUGACCAGAAUGGAUUAACAGCUAUUGCUGAGGAAGAUGUAGUGAAUGGCGAUUUAGGGAAUAAUUCAAAAAAUGUAAAUCGCAACCCUGACGGGUCAGUAACGCAUGGUUCCGAUUUUGAGAAAACUGACAAAUAACGUUACUGCAGUCUUCAUCACUUACAUUGUACAUGUGGGAAUUCCAAUUUCUAUGGAAUUUGGACCAGUGGUCCGAAUCUGUGAGAAAGAAGGGAUGGUUUUAUAUAACAUUGCAUGAGCCUACAAGGUAAUUUUUGACUACACGUGCACAACGCGAUGGUUCUCCUCGAGAAAUGGCGACAUCGCCGCCAAGAAGCUCUGUUCGCCAGUGUAGUAGGUUUCUGUACGCAGAAUCAUUGGAACUUCCAUUUAGUAUAAUCACUCAAUAAGAAAUGAGCUGUUGGUACUCCACAAAACCAGUCAAAUGCUUUUUUUCAUUCCUAUAUCACCCAGAUGCCUCCCAAUGAGUGUUUUGUACCACUUCAUCCUUGGGAAGUAUACGGUUGUCAAAGUCUUGUGGUCAAGAUAUUUCUAAAUGUGUCCUGCGCUAGGUAUGGGGGAAGGUUACUACGUUUAAGCAAAGAUCUACAUGUACAUGAAAAACAAGGUUUUUGGUGUGACCAUUCAUUUUCCCUGACCCCCCCCCCCUCAUCAAGAUACGGCCAUGGUAAUGUUGCAUCGCCUGUAUGAAUCAACUUUCCCACACCAUGAACACAUGUUUAUAAAUGUAGGCGGAUGGUAUAGUGUACACCUUGCAUCGGUUAGGUUAAUAUUCAUGAAUAUUCGCAUUUGAAUAUCAUAUAACGGAUAACUUAUACAGAUAUACACAUAUUUUAUAUGUCAUAUCCUCUGUAUUAUAAUAAAUUAAGGCAGAUCGUGAAUAAACUACGAAACACCUGCAUAUCAUGUAUUGGUUAAUAGCGAUGUCCCUGUGUUAUACAAAAACGACAAACAUAUUUGUGCGUUUAUUUGUAAAAGUGCGAUACAAUCAUGUCGAUUCUGCACAGAGCCACACGGCACUGGAUCUAUGGACCUUCUAAAGGAAAACAAAUACAGACUAAAAACUUUCGGAGGACGAUCCUUUUCCAUUCUUGCGCCUCAGGGGUGGAACUCACUACCGUCCACCCUGAGAGCUGCACAGGACGUCAAUACUUUCCGCAGAGACUUAAAAACAUAUUUGUUUGUGCAAGCUUAUGAGCGCCUGUGAACAUUGUUCCAGUGAUACGGGCGCUAUAUAAAUGACAAUUUCAUUCAUUCAUUCAUUCACUAAAAGCAUCCUGGCAUAACCAUUGGUUUUCGAUACACUCCGCCUCUCGCUAUUUCAAACCCCUGCUGAAAUCCAUACCCUUCGGACCGAUUGUCGCGGUAGAAAAAAAGCGCCCAAUCAGAGCACCGUAUUCGUUAUCAAAGCACGCCUUCCAUUGGUUGUUAUCCCGACUGCCGACGGAGUGCAUUUGCCUGCACUGCGAUCGACGAUUGCCGUUAUAUCAACUACCCCCCCCCCCGCUGCUUAUGUAAUAAAUUUCAUAAUAUACACUCUAUAGCGGGAUGUGUUACAGCGUAAAAUUGGUAUAGAAUAUUAAAAAACAAGGCGUUGAUAGAAAGUUGUUAACUUUUUUGAACUUGUAUAAAAUCUGUUUUAUAGAAUUAUGCAACACAUGUACGGGUGUGUCCAAGAGUCGGAACACCCGGUCUUCGCACUCAGGGUUUUGUAUACGAGGUAGGGGUAUCAAAAAUAUGUAUCUCAAAAUGCACUAAAAGAUGCUCUUGGCGAA